AGACAAACUAAGGACAAAAGAGAACGCAUCUUUGCUAUGAUUAGUUUACAUUUAAGUACACAUAAAUAAGUAUAGCUUAAGGUAGCACUAGACUAACUAUGCUUUUAUUGCAUUUGAUCAAACUGGCAAUAUAUUGAAUGAAAAGAAAGAGGAAUAUUGAGUAUUCAUUAGAGAGGAUUCUUAAACCACACGAAUGAUAAAUCACGAUCACAGAAUGUAUAGAUAUGUAUAUUUUAAGAAUGAUAAAAUACAAUAGAGACUCGAUAAUAUAGGGUGAAAGGCUGUUGUAAUGUAAUUUACUUAUUUUAUAUGAUGGGAUAUUUAAAUGGGAAAUUUUAUGAUAAUAAUAUCUCUCAAGCGUCGCGUUCGAGAAAUUAUUCAAUGACCAGGUUUCAAGUUAAUUAUGAUCCUGACAUGAAUAAUAAAUUUGAAGAAGAAGAUAACUUUUUCCGUCGAGAUACGGUUUAAAAUCAAAACUUAAAUCCUAGAGUCUCUAUUGUGAUGUAAGAAUUUAUAUUCGUAGAUUGUUGUACAUGUUUAUACGUGGCAAAUUGUAAGAGAAUCUUACAAAAAUAGAUAUAUAGAAAGAAGUUCGAAAUGAUGGGACAUACUACUCUUGUAGCAUACACAAGAUGGGCUUACAAAGUUAAAGAGAGUUUAUGAAUAAAUAAGUAUGCCCAAUUCAUACAUAUAUGGUGUUUUUAACGCAGAGACGUGCAAACUUUUUGUCGGAGAAGAAUAGAUAUGGUUCCCAUUACUGUUAUUCGAUUGGUCUUUACUCAAAAUAUGUUUACCCAGCGUUUUCAAAUAUUAUCAUGAGCAAUAUAAUGAGAGUGAAUAAACGCUGGAGGGAGAAUGUUGGUACGAUGAGAGCGAAAAGAAUAAAAGAAAUUUUAUGAUGUGAAGAUAAAUGAGCAAUUCGCUCCGCAAAGUUCGCAAGCUAACUUGAACGUCUCUAUUUAAAUAUAAAGAGAGGAGAAAUUUGUUUUCCCUCUCUCCCCACACUAACGUUCGUCCUCCUUGUUCACUAGUACUCUUAUAUGUAUAAACUUUAUUCAAUAAUGAUGAAAAACAAAUUCAAACACAUAUAUAAUAUACAUAUAUAGUAUGUGAAGAGUAUGAAAAGAAAGAAUUUGCAUCAUCGAGUUAAGGAGUGACGAUCGCUGUGGUGUUGGUUGAGAAAAGCGGCCUCGGAAAGGCCAAUCUAACGACCUCUGUUUUAAUGGAUAAGGCCUUUUAAUUAUUGUCUCGUUAUACAUACACGCUUUUGAUAAAUUCAAAAAAAAAAAGAAGAAAAAUAAAAAGAAACCGGCACAGGCCCUAACGUUGUAUUACUUUUUCAUAUGAAUAAAGUGCUACUUUGUCAAUAAAUUAAUUGAAUAUUUUUGCAAUACUUUCCAGAUGGCAAACUUCGAAAUAUAAUCUUAUCUAUUUCAUUUAUAUUUCUGUAGCAAUUGUUUGCAACGAUCUAAGAUAUUUUAAAGGAAAAUUCUUGAUCUUGUACAUAUAAUGAUAAGGAAAGGAAUUAUCAAGUAUAGUAAUAACAAAGAUCUGAUAAUUAACCCUUUGCGGACCACUAACGCGCUCUACAUAACAAUCAAUUUGGCCGAGGAACUCAUACAUACGUUUGACAAAAACAAUUUAUGGCCGAAAAGACUCAUGUAUCCACGUAAUCACGUCACUAUGGCCGAUAAACUCAUAUGUGCACUGGCUAUUUCAAACGACUACCGCGAUAAUGGCUCGGCCUCGCAAAAGCUUGACUUCAAACCGUACCAUCUGCAAAGGGUUAAAAAAAAAGAGAAAAAAAUAUUUGAUAUUUGAAUAUUACAAAGACUAUGAUCAUAUUGAAAGUAGAGAAAUCACUAAUUAGAAGAAAGAAGAUAGAUCAUAGUAUAUGCUUUUCUUAUCUUUGGGACAAAAAAUUUGUAGACGAUACUUAAAUCAUCACAGUAAGUGAACUAGCGGGAGAGAACGAUCACACAAUAAUAAAAGUGUGUCGCGUAUGAAUGAAUCGUUGCUCUAUACUGAUAGUCUUUGCCUCUCGUAAAUAAUUCAGUGGUGGGAAUAUGUUUCUAUUGCGUCUGUCAAUCGUGUCUUGCGUCUGCGAGGAUUCGUUGAUGACAAUUGAACAAUGAGUUAUAUAGAAAACGUGCAUAUCAUAGGUUAGAAGGAAGAAAUAUCGAAACGUGUACGAGGUUGGCCGAAGACAAUGAUACGAAGCUAGAACCGAAUCUAGAACGAAAUUGACCGAGUUUUCACGAAUUCAAACGAACCGUAGCGAACGCGAAGACACAAUGUAUUAUAAAACAAGGAAGGAGGAGGAACGUCGUCGACGUUUAGAACGACUUUUAGAGAGGAUAGAUUUAAUGGUAGCGUUAUCCACGUGUUGUUUUUCCAAGGCUGCGGCUUUCAGGGCCGUCAUACUUGGUGCCCCUGCUUCCGGAAAAGGUACGAUCUCCUUAAGGAUCAUCGAACAUUUCAACAUAAUGCAUAUUUCCAGUGGGGACAAAUUACGUUUGCACGUGAAGAAUAAUACAGAAUUAGGCAAAGAGGUGAAGAAAUAUCUGGACAGUGGAAGUUUCGUUCCAGACGAAACGAUGAUUUCCUUAAUCGAAAAAGAAAUUGAAGCUGUAGGAAAUCAUAAUUGGCUAUUAGAUGGAUUCCCAAGAACGUUGACUCAAGCGGAAAAGCUGCAAAGAAUUCAACCAGCAAAUCUUGUCCUGAACCUAAUCGUACCUACAUCCGUGAUUUUAAAUCGUGUGAAGAAUAGGUGGGUCCAUUUGCCAAGCGGAAGAAUUUACAAUAUAGGAUUUAAUGAUCCCAAAGUACCGGGUAAAGACGAUGUGACUGGUGAAUCACUUAGCCAAAGAGAAGACGACAAACCGGAAGUAGUGCAUAGAAGAUUAGAAGAAUAUUCUGCAAAGACCAAACCGGUGGUAGAUUUUUAUUGUAACCUUGGAAUACUUAAGAAUUUUCGAGGUGACACCACCGAUGACAUAUGGCCUUCGAUCAAGGAAUGUGUUAAACAAUUUUUAUAAUAUUUCUUAACCCGAAAGAAAGAAAAGGAAAAAUGGGACUUCUUAGUUAAAUAAUUGCAUUGAAAAGUUUAGUUUCCGUUUUAACAUUUUUACAUUCGAUACAAAAUAUACGCACAUUUGUAAAUAUUUGCCAAUAUCUACAUGUAUCAUACAUCUAUGAUAAAUUAAUUGUAUUUUCGAUAUUAUAUAUCGUUGAUAAUUAUCGAUGUAAUAUAUAUUUUUUUUUGUCACUUAUCAUUUGAUAAUAUAAUAAUAUAACAUAGACUGAAAGAUGAGAUAAGUCAUCUCGUACGUCUUGACAUUACCAAAUUUGAUUU